CUUCUUACCCCAUUUAUACCUGGUAUAUAUAUACAAUCUCUGAAACCAUUCUGGCAUAAAUUCUAAUCAUGAGAAAGCCAGAGUUGUCCGUGGGAAAAGACGUGAAAGCAAUCAAUAACGGCAAGAAUAAGGUGAUGAAUAAUAAGCUUAGAAAGGGAUUGUGGUCGCCGGAGGAAGACGAGAAGUUGAUGAGGUACAUGCUGAGCAAUGGACAAGGGUGUUGGAGUGACAUUGCUAGAAAAUCUGGUCUCCAAAGGUGCGGAAAGAGUUGUCGUCUUCGUUGGAUUAACUACUUGAGACCUGAUCUUAAGCGUGGUGCAUUUUCGCCUCAGGAAGAACACCUUAUCAUCCACUUUCAUUCCAUUCUCGGCAACAAGUGGUCACAGAUUGCUGCACGUCUUCCAGGACGAACAGACAAUGAAAUCAAGAACUUUUGGAACUCUGCAUUAAAGAAAAGGCUGAAGAUUAACCACAUAUUGACAUCGACAUCUUCACCAAACGAGAGUGAUCAUUCGUCGGAGCCGUAUGUCAACAAUGGGGGAGCAGGGCCAUUUAUUUCCAUGCACAACGAACAUGACAUGUUGAUGAACAUGGUCUACAUGGACUCAUCAACGUCCUCAUCCUCAGCGUCCAUGCAGGUCAUCAACAACAGCACAGUCGAUCCUAACUUCUCUGUGCUUGAUAGCUCCUCUUUACUGAACUACGUCAAUCACCCAGGCUUCACGCAACUACGAGAAGGGCAUUAUGGUGAUUAUGGAAAUUACUUGGAGGCUGAUCAUAAAAUGGGGAUAGAAGGUGAUCUCUGUCUUCCUCGUCUUGAGACUAGCAGAAGAAGUUUAACAGAGAAUAAUAAUGGUCAAGUAGUUGAUAAUAUAAGCAAUAACUUUAUCAACCACUUCCAUAGUAAUACCAAUAAUAAUUGCUUUGCUAACACGGCGAGUAAUAUGAGCUUUAAAGUAGACGACGGGGACAUCUUUGGCCAAUCUGAAGCUGAAGGAAGCUUAAGAGUUGGAGAACAAUGGGAAUUUGAGGGUUUCAUGCAAGAUAUAUCCUGCUUUCUUUCUUAGCCUUGCCAUUAUUUGCUAAGAAAAUUUUGGGUUGUUAUUUGUUUUGCUUAUCCAAACAAAAACCUAUAGGCGGCGGGGUAUCUGUGCAUGCAUGCAGCAGUCAUACAUACUUUUCAUUGU